AUGGCCCCCCGUCGAAACUUUCAGCCUACUGGACCCUAUCCGCUGCCUCACUGGAUUUUCCUCAUCGCCUCUCUCUCCACCUCACGGCGUUCUUAUGGGUGUACGGUCACUUUCAAGCCCCAGACGACGUUGUUCAAGAGAGCCCAGGAUCCCGAGGCAAAGGCCGGGGUAGGGGUGGACGUCACUGAUGAGAACUUGAACAACCCAAUCGCGCUUUUUACGGAAGACGGGAAGGGAUAUCUUGACCACGCAGCGCGCGAUCUCGAGGGAAUGAUGGAAGAGCUGAAGCUUGAGACCGAUGAAGAGAAGUAG